UGUCACCUUCCAUCUUCCUACCCUAUAAGAAAGUAAACUUUAGAAAAUCUUCGUCUCACUCAAACGGCGCUCUUUCCACGAAAACUACCAUUAAAAACUACACCAAUUAUUUUAUCUUAAUUAGAAUGUCUAUUUAUUCUUUGUGUGCAUAUGCAUAUAUACCUACACUAGCCGUUGGCUGGCCAAUUCAAUCCUUACCCUCAUCAAGAACUCUUCUUCCCUUUCAUUCCAAAUCAACCAAUAUAGCAACUAUAUAUAACCUAGCUAGUCCAAGGAUCUCAUACAAAAUAGUGCAUAGAAGUGACCAUUUACUAGUUAGACAAGUACUUCCCAUUUUUUAAAUUUCAUCUCAUGGAUUGCAUAGUUUUGCCCGUAGCGAUCUUGACAAGGCGGUGCUCGGGCCGAUUAUUAGGGUAUAGGCCACUCGCGGACGACGGUUAUGGCGAUUCAGAUGAUCUAAUAACUGUGGUAGUGGGAAAGGAGAGGAGAAAUUUUUUGGUGGAGCCAUUUGUGUUGGAAGAAAGUCCAUUCAGGAAUUUAAUUGAAAUGGUGAGGAAAGAAGAUAAAGGAAGAAUAAAAGAAAUAAGAGCCAAGAAAGUGAUUUAUGUGGAUGUGGAUGCUAUCUUGUUUGAACACAUGUUGUGGUUGAUGCAAAAUGAUUGCUCUUCUUUGUUUCAGCUUAAUCUCAAGGAGAUCAUUGACUUCUAUGCCCAAGAUAUAUAGUUAGAGAUAACUGGUGGUUACUAUUAAUCAAUAUGAAGAUAACAAAGAGGUAUUAUGAAUGUUUUUCCUUUUCCUUUUACUCUUUGUGGUAGGAGUCUUUUGGUCUUACACGGUUUUACAUUUUCGGUGUAUACAAAAAUAGUCUCAAAGAGAAAGGACAAUAUGAAAUCACUGGACAAAAUUCCAAAAAGAUUAAUGUAUACCAGUAUAAUUAAAUUA